AUGAGGAAGUUUUAUACAUUAGGAAAUGGAAGAUACACUUUGGGAGUUUGUGCAAUGGAGAACAAAGUAGAAAGUUCACCAAUGAAAAGUAUUUUGAAUAGAAUAACUUUAACAGGAGAAUUUACGAUAUUAGUAUUUAUGCAAGAUAUGAUAUUGAGCGAAGAUAUAUCAAACUGGCCCAAAGUAGAUUGCCUAAUUUCAUUUUAUUCAGCUGGAUUCCCCUUAAAUAAGGCGAUUUCAUAUACAAAAAUGAAUAAUCCAAUUAUAUUGAAUGAUUUGGAAAGACAAAUCCCUAUGAGAAGCAGAUUGGAAAUAUUUAAUAUUUUAGAUAAGUGGAAAAUACCAAGACCAGAGUGUGUUGUAAUAAACCACAGCGAGUUAUCUGGAGGUAAUGAUGAUAUAUUCUAUGAAGAAUAUGAUUUCAUUAAAUAUAAAGGAGAGAAAAUCUUUAAACCUUUUAUAGAGAAACCAAUAUUUUCUGAUAACCACGACAAUUGGAUAUACUACCCAGAAAACAGUGGUGGAGGAUGCAAAAAAUUAUUUAGGAAAGUCGGAGAUAGAAGCAGUGAAUAUGACUCAAAUCUCUGGAAGGUAAGAAAAGAUGGGACAUACAUUUAUGAGAAAUUUCUUCCUACUUUUGGAACAGACAUUAAAGUAUAUACAGUCGGACCAAUGUUUGCUCAUGCUGAAGCAAGAAAGUCCCCUUGUUUGGAUGGAAAAGUACAAAGAACAGAACAAGGAAAAGAAGUUCGAUAUUCUGUUAUGUUAAGUUACGAGGAAAAGUUAAUAGCUCACCAAAUAGUUAAAGCAUUUAAUCAAACAAUUUGUGGGUUUGAUAUUUUAAGAACAGUUACUGGGAAAUCAGUUGUAUGUGACGUAAAUGGAUUUAGUUUUGUUAAAGGGAAUGAAAAAUAUUAUAACGAUUGUGCUCAGAUUAUAACAUCAUUAUUUCUUAAGAAACUUUUUAAGAAGAACAAAAUAAUUCCAAUGGGAAAAUUUGAAAAGAAGAAAAAGAAUUUGAUAUUAUUUGGGAAACAAUACAAGGAUUUUAAAAUUCAAGAUAAUUCUAAAUUUAAUAACCUGAAACAGGAACAACAAAAGGAUGAGCUUAGUACAGUUAUUGUGAUAAUGAGACAUGGAGUCAGAAAGCCAAAACUAAAGUUGAAGUUUGAGACCCAGGACCAUAGAAUUCUCUCAUUACUUUCAAAUGAAAAAGAAGAAACAAGAUUAAAGUCUCCAGAAGAGCUUUCUCUCCUAUUGAUGAAAAAUACCCUUGUUUUAGAGAAUUUAUUCAUGUCUCUUGAAGAUCAUUCGAAAAUUAUGCCAGAUAACGAGAUCCACACAAUAUGCAAAAUAUUGAACAAUCAUUUGAAGUUACAAGCAUUUUUAGGAGAUGGAAAGGGGUUUUCUGGAGUAAAUAGGAAGGUACAGUUGAAACAAAUUAAUCAUUCAGAGGAAGGUUUAAGUGAUAAAAAAACAGUAUUAUUGGUGGCGAAAUGGGGAGGAGAACUCACUAGAAUAGGUUGUGAGCAGGCUGAGGAACUUGGGAAGCAUUUAAGAGCUACAUUAUAUCCAGGGGACUCGGAAGGAUUGCUAAGGCUCCAUUCCACUUUUAGACAUGAUUUAAAGAUAUACUCAAGCAAUGAAGGGCGUUGUCAGGUAACAAGUGCAGCUUUCACAAAAGGAUUUUUGGACUUAGAAGGGGAUUUAGCACCCAUUUUGGUUCAGUUGGUGAUUAGAGAUUCUUUUGCUCAAAAUUUGUUGGAUGACCCACAAUUAACUACUGAGAGGAGGAAAUGCAAGGAAAUUAUUGAGAACCUAUUGAAUAUAAAUAAAAAUGUGGGUUAUGAAGAAAUUUUAGAGAUUUGGAGAAAUUAUCAAUCAGAUCUAAAAGAAACUUUUCCAUCCGAACAAGUUAUAAGAACUUUGAUGUCUUGUGGGAAUCCUUACUCAACUUUAAAAAGGUUGUAUAUGCUCAUGAAAGAAUUGGUAAUGAAAAUUCAUAUAGAACAGGAUGAAGAAAAUAAUGUUGUCAUAUAUCAGGGUUUCAGACAAAGUUUAGAUUCACUAUUUAAAAUUCAUAGUUUUGAAAAGAAUGAUGGAUUCCCAGUAUCUCAAGAAAUAAUGCAGCGUUGGAGUCAGUUAACUUCAUCAUUCUAUAAUGAAGAAACUCAAAGGUUUGUUACGGCAAAAAUUCCAGAUAUAAUGGAUAAUGCAGCAUAUGAUAUAUGUUAUAACGUAAACUUUGUUAAGAGUGAAGUUUCUGUAUUACUUUAUGAAAUUUAUGAAACGGUAGUUCCAGUUGGUGAAUUUGUAACUCUAUUUCAGUACGGAUUAUCAGGAGACCAAAAAGUAAAUAUUGGAAAAGCUAUUACAAAAAAUUUGAUAGAGAAGUUGUUACAAGAUAUAAAGUAUUCGUACCUAAAAAAAUUCAAAGAUAAUAAGAAUGAAAAAAAUAUUGAUGAUAAUCAACACAAAACUAAAGGGUUUAUUUUCAAAUAUGGUAGUAAAAUAUUUAAUAAUUUUAAACUGGGGGAAAAUAAAAAUAACGGUUCUUUCAAUUUCCCAAGGGUUCACCCAGAAGAACAUAUUAGACUUAAGGAAGAAGAAGCAGAAGCUUUUGGAAUAAAGUCACCUUGGAGAAUAGUUAGAAGCAGGUUUUAUGUCACUUCAGCAUCUCAUAUUCAAUCUUUGGCAAAUAUAUUUUCUUCUAUGUAUAAGAAUCAGAUUCCUUUAGGUGACAAAGAAAGUUUAUUGGAUUUAGAAAGUACUUUUUCAGAACUUAACUAUUUGAGUCAUAUAGUAAUUCGAGUUUGGGAAAAUAGAUCAGUUUCAGAAUCUGAUCAAGAUAGAUUUAAGCUAGAAAUGUUUGUAAGUAAAGGCGUAAAAAGUAAGAUUGGAGAGAAUUUCGGUAAUGGAAUUGAAAGAAAUAAUGGAGCCAGUAUUCAAGGAGUAAGUGAGUUAUUUCCUCUAAAAAGUGUUGUAUUAAAACAUUUAAAUAUUAUACAGUUUGAAAACAAGAUCAGAGAAUUAAUAAAAGAUUAA